UGGGGCACAGAUGAAAGCGCCUGGGAAACCCAGUGUAAACUUGGGUGCAAGGCGGGGAGCUCCGCGCAAGUGGAUUCAAGGGCAGAUGUGGCCCCUGUGCUGAGGACAAAAUGGCAGGGCCGCUGUCCACUCAGAACACCUUUCUUUAAAGAAAGUGACAUCCUGUGGAAGCCUUUGUGGUUUGAGGGAACAAAUCACUCACACACUCUCUCCACCACCACCACCCCCAGAGUGCAGAAUCUAUUGAGAAAGAGACCCAGGAUUGGAUAGGGAGUUGCAUUUCACCGUUGAGAGUGAAAUGGAGAUGAAGAAAGUGACUUGGGUUUAUGACCAAAAUGGGUUCCCUCAUAUGCCUCACCCUUGAUAUCUAAACCUGAGAUUGGGGUGCGGGGUUGUGGGCUAUCCUCCAGGGCCUCUCUGUGGGAGGCAGAGAGCCCAGGACAGCAUGGCUACAUCAGGAUGUUGCCUCUGCCUGCCAGAGAUGCCUGGGGCCAUGGAUGUCAGGUUGCCCCUGUCUCCCAGAUACUUCCUUCCCCAUGGGAGAGACAGCUAAAGUAGGAACAUAGGUCAAAACUUCUCCCCAGGAUUUACAAGACUGUUGGUUUUGGUUUUGUACUUUUAUGCAGAGAGGUGGAAAAGGGGAGAGAUUCCUUUUCAGGACUGGAACCCUCAGGAUCAGCUUUGUGCUAGAAUGCUACUUAAAAGGUUGCUUAGAAGCUAAGCCUGGGCACAUCUGAUCUUCUGUAUUCUCAGUGCCUGCUGGCUUAGAGUAGGUGGUCAGUGAUCAGAUGGAUGGGUGGGGGGGUGGAUGGGAAGAAGCCCUGUAGAGGACCAGAUAAGUCUGACUUUAUUGACAAACAAGCUUUCUUUACUGCCAUCUGUGCUUUGAAAAGACCUUUUCUAGGGCCUCCCCUGGUGGCGCAGCAGUUGAGCGCUGGGUUGCGAGGCUGCCCACAGCCUCUGCAGCGCCGGUUCGGUCCCCAGCCACUGGUGAGGGUCCCACAAAAAAAAAAAAGAAAAGAACUUUUCUAACCCAGGAGCUUCCCCAGUAAAGAGAAGGAAGAAAUAAGAAUCCUCUUGGUAUUGACCUGUCUAAUUUAUGUCUUUCCUUCAUGCCUGAAUCUGUUUUCCCUUGCAAGCCUUCUGGGUCUGUCAGAGCCAGAACAUGUGUUUGCUUUGAGAAUGGAGAGACUGUGGAGGACUUUUCUGGUACUGGGCUUAACUGGGGAAGCACAUGCUAAUUAAUUCCAUCUACACACACACACACACACACACACACACACACACCCCUUUAACUUAGAUUUGCUUCAUGUAUUCUGGGUGUCUUGACAAGUGUGCAGAAUGGGAUGUGUGAUUUGAGGGGAGGCACCAUGCCAGACCAAAAAUAACUCCCUCUUAAACAGGUGCAAAGGUGCUUGAGAUUCCACCAUUAGGAUUCAUUCCCUCCAGCGGCACUAUGUUAAAUCCUGCUCCACCAGUUCUAACUAUGCACUAUCUUGAGUGAGUUAUUUUUCUAAGCCCCGGUUUCUCCCUCUGUGCAAGGGGAUCUGACCCAGUCUUAGGGGGCUAGUGGCUGGGUCACUGCAGUGCCAGCACAUGCAAAUGCUGAGUCAGUGUGGCCAUGAUUGGGUUAAGCACUAAAUGCCCAGGAUAACCUUGGUGUGAUUAGUUGAUCAAGUUUCCUCUAUAACAGCAUCGACUCAAGGGCAGGAAGAGCACCUGGCUGGGAACGGACUUAGAGGGGCAUUGAUGAAAAAAGGGAUGAGGUUGUGGCAAGACGCAGGGCUAAGCCCUCACGGAACCCCAUUUGAUUCGUCUUAUGCUUCUCCCUCUCUAGGCUGGGCUGCAGCUUCUCCUGCUAUGAUGCCUGGGCAGAUACCGGACCCUUCCGUGACUGCCGGCUCUCUGCCAGGUCUUGGCCCCCUGACUGGACUCCCCAGCUCGGCCCUGACUGCAGAGGAGCUGAAAUACGCCGACAUCCGCAACAUUGGGGCCAUGAUCGCCCCCUUGCACUUCCUGGAGGUGAAACUGGGCAAGCGGCCCCAACCUGUGAAAAGUGAGCUAGACGAGGAAGAAGAGCGAAGGAAAAGACGCCGGGAGAAGAACAAAGUGGCGGCGGCCCGAUGUCGGAACAAGAAGAAAGAGCGGACGGAGUUUCUGCAGCGGGAAUCUGAGCGGCUGGAACUCAUGAACGCGGAGCUGAAGACCCAGAUCGAGGAGCUGAAGCAGGAGCGGCAGCAGCUCAUCCUGAUGCUGAACCGCCACCGCCCCACCUGCAUCGUCCGGACCGACAGCGUCAAGACCCCGGAGUCAGAAGGCAACCCGCUGCUGGAGCAGCUGGAGAAGAAGUGACCAGGGACUGGGAGGAGGCGCAGGAGGAGGAGGAGGAGGGGUCCCCGAGGGCCUUUCCUUGGUGCAUGGAAAAACUUUCCCACGAGGCUCAGCAUGGCCAGCUCCUGCUGGGCAUUUUGUGAAACUCUUAUCAGCCACACGAGGAGAGCGGGCUGAGGAAACCCAGAAGGACCCAGCGCUGAGACCAAAGUAGACCCAUGGGAGGGGCCGUCCUGCCUGGGGCCCAGCUUGAAGGAGGCGGGACAGAGGCACCAGGCCAGCGGGAUCCCCAUCCCCGGCCAGGCAGCCUCCCCUCCAGGGCGUCCACCCAAGGGACCUCCGAGCAGCCAGGAAAAGCCAUGAGCUGCAACCAAAAUGUGGCUGAGGAUGGACCUCAAAGUGAAACUGCCAUCUGCCUGUGCCGGCCCUGACCCUGACCCUGUCGGAGGCCGGAGGGGGCACGGUGUGGGGUCCCCCUGCACCCCUCCGCCCAGCCACCUCGGUCCAGCGCGGCCCUGCCGGGAGCGGCAGCCGGGGCGCACCCUCGCCGGCCCUGCUGGAGUUUGCUGCGGGCACGAGGCGCGGGCGCCCUUCCAAAGCACACACUCACUGAAUGUUUACAGACUGGCUGUCCUGGCAGGGCUUUCAACUGCACAUGUUUUUUAUACUUUCUUUUUUUUUUUUUUUUUAAUAUUUUUUACAAAAAAAAAGAUUUUAUACAAGCAAUAUAUAUAUGGAUUUCUAUAAUCACUCGAUGUGAUACAGUAUAAAUAUGCUAUGGUUUGUUUGUUACGAACAGAUAUUCAGCAGAUAUCGCCGUUGUGUGUAACUCCUAAGUACUGUAGUCUCCGGGUGUGGGGUGGCCGGGGCGGGGGUGGGGUGCAUUUCCAUCCUGGUAAACCCUUCAUAGUACUCAGUCCUGUAUCGCUCAGUAAAUGUUACUCUUACUUACUCAGCUGCCUCUUGUGGUGUCUGCCAGGGAGUGGGGUGCUGGGCAUGCGCACUGGGCCUCUGGGGGGCCGUGUUGGAGAAUGUUUGGAACAGCUGCUGUAGGCCCUCGGCCCAUGCUCAUGGAGCUUCCACUCACGAGCUGUAUUCUGUGCUUGCUCCUCCUACACGGUCCUUUCCAGGGAGCAGCAAUUGUCCCCAAUUCACAGAUGAGGAAUUACAGGCCCAGGAAGAUUAAACUUGCAAUGAUUGGCUGAAGGUUUUUUUGGGUGAUGAACAUGUAUAGUCUCAUUUACUUCUCCGAACAGCGUACAAUAGGCAUCAUUCUCCCCAUUUUACAACUUCACUGAGGCUCAGAGAGGGUAACCCACUUAUCCAAGGCCACCCAGCGAGUGAGGCCAAAGCUGGUAUUUGAACUCUGCCUCUGAAGCCCGGUGACUCUCCACCUGUUGCCUGCUGACUUGAUUGUUCCUGUGAUUGAGUGUCUCACCUCCUGGACAUAGGAAGCCUGUGAGGCCACAUGUAUAGUUUCUGGAAGGACUGGAGAGCGUUCGAGGCAGAUCACGGAGAGAACAAGCAGUGCAGGUAAAUGUGUCCCUGCCCAGGAGAGUCAGCCACACCCUCGCUUCCACCACCCUGCCCCUGCCCUGGAGACAGCCUCAGCUCCUGAUGGCCUUCACUUGGCCGGCCAUUCGUUAUCGUGCAUGUUGUCUCGUUUGAUUAAAGCCUUACGCAGCAGGUAGGACAAGGGGUUUAGCUCCGUCGUGUAGUUGUGAAAACAGAAGCUUACAAAGGUUGAAGUUCACCCAACUAAAAAGAGGCCAAACUGAUUGCUGAACCGCCUCUUCUACCUUCUGGCCGCGGCUAGAUAACUAGGUGUUGAUGAUGAGUCUUCAUGCCAAGGACGGUGGUCACCUUGGGCUGCCUCCCAAAGCACGCACAACGGCUUCUGAGAUGGACAUGAAUCCAAAACAGGUCCCUCAUAUACGUUUGGCCCCUUUCCUACCCCCCACCCAACACGCCCGGUGUGGCAGCCUCAGCCUGGCCUUGCAAGCAGGGCCUGGUCUGCUCACUGUCAGCUGUGGCAGCACAUAGCAAACCCUCGGGCUGUCCUUUUCCAUUUGUGAGAAAAAGGAAGACGCAGACUUGCCAGGACCUCCCAAGUGACCCUUUUGGACACUCCUGCAGGAGCCCCACUGGAUUCUGGUCCCGUGGCUCAUGCCACAAGCUGGUACCUCAGAGUGGAGCCCUCCUCAGCCUCCGUGGUGGGUGGGCUAUCUCCCACAUCGGUAUCCUGUGCGUCUCCUCCUCACCAGGACCCGCUCCCUCCUGAGCAGCCGGAAGUCACCCUCCAAGCCUAAGGCUUGUGUGUUUCUCUGUGCCUGGCACUUGAGGUGCGUCUCUGUGGUCAGUCCCCACACCCUUGCUUGGGAAGUGGGUGAUACCACCCCUGUUCAGAUGAGGCUCGGAGAGGAUAGAGUCUCACCUCCCCCUCUUGCCCUCACCUACCAGGGCAUAGUCCUGUGGCCAACUCCAGGGGCACAGCUCUGGUGCUGAGAGUAAGUGCUCGCUGGUGGGGGUAUGGCAUCAGUAGUCAGGAGAAUUCUGCAGGGGACCUGGAGAGAUGGAGAAUUCUCCAUCUCCAUCUGAGAAUUCUCAACUCUCAGAUGCUCAUCCAAGCAUGCGUGCGGAUGUCACACUCGAAAGGCAACAGUUUCCAGAUGCAGUCUAGUGAGGAGCCAGGGGCCGCACCUGUCUUAUCUGGAAAGCGGGAGCAGCAAUAGCCGCAUCUUCCUUAUGGGGUUAUUGUCAGAGUCAGGUGAGGAAUUCGUGUCAAGUGUGUUGUGAAAUACAGAGCACCGUGAAGAGUAAUUAUCUUGCCCUUUGUGAGCAGGCACAGUUGCUAUUUACCGCAUAGUACAAAUUAUUUGAAUGGCUUUUAGUCUAAAGGCUUUGUGUUCUGGCCCUGCAUCCAGGCUCCUUGGUGGUGAAUGAAUAUCUGGGUUCAUUUGGCUCCUGACUGCCCACCACUGCCCGGGUUGGGGUCAGCAUUCCCUUCCUGGGCUUCACUACACACUCCUGUGCCACCUCUGCCCAUUGCUAUGAGAAUCCACUGUGGAACCCAAGAGGAUGAGACCCAUUAGCUGUCAGAUGGGCAGGAAGUAGUAUGUGUUGGUCAGGAUACGGAUUAGAGGGAAAGUGGGAAAUUGGUGUGACUACUGUGUAAAGCAAUUUGGCAAUAACCGGUCACGCGAAAGCUAAACACAUCCUUUGACCUAGCAAUUUCCCUCCUAAGUAUAUACCUUGGAGGAACUCUAGCAUCGACGCACAAGGGAAAGUGCAAGAAUGCUCACUGAGGCUUUGUAAUAAGAGAAAUUGCAAACAACCUCAAUGCUUCUGAACAGAAGAGCAGAUAAGCGAAUUGUGUUUUCAUAAAAUUGAAUAUUAUUCAGCAGUUAAAAAGAAAGAAGCAGAGCUACAGGUAGCAAUGUGGAUCUAUCUCAGCAACAUGUUGAACUGGAGGGUGGGGGAGCAGAAGGGCACUUGGAGUAUGCCAUUUAUGUAAUCUUUCUAAACAUGUAAAUUGAUAUUUUAUGGUACACACAGAUCUGGAUAACAGAGUUAUAAAAGCAUGCACAAAAAGAUUAUACUUUCAGGGAUCAUUUCUAUCAUUUAAAAGCAUGUAUAGGAAUGCUAUAAAUACCAAAAUCAGGAAUAGGAACUGUUCCUGUGGGUAUAGAGGAAGGGGGUGGGAGUUGGUAUCUGUAUAGAUAAGAAAAACAAUGGUUUUGAUGGCAAAUGUAACAUUUAAUUUAUUUUUUUAAAUCCUGAUCAAAUGUAGAAUAAUGUUAGAAUUUGUCAGAGGUGGGUGAUGUGCACACAGAUGUGGGAUAUUCUUUCCACACUUCUCUGUACGCUUGGUGUAUUUCAUAAUAAAAGAGAACAAGC